AUGCACGCAGCAGAAGCACGAAGCAACGAGAAGUUGGAGGCUCGAUUUGAGCAAAAGGAAAAGAAGCUGCUAGAAGCCGUGGAGAAGGCCAGCGCACCUCCACCUCCAGCCUCUGAGGAGAAAACGUAUGUGCGACCAUCUCCGGAGGAGCACCAUUAUUACUACUGCGAGUUUCCUCCUGAACCAGAAGCUCCGAAUCAGGUAAACGCUGUCGGCCGUUGGAGCCCGGAUGGCCACUGGAUCCAGGGAAAACAGAGGGAUGCUCCAUGGAGAGAUCACCCAAAUUUCAGACACAACCCUCCGAAGGGUAGCCCAAUUAGCCUGCUCGAAUUCAAGAAAGACCGAACACCGGAGGAUACAGAGGGCAGAGUUGUCAAGGCAACUGAUCUGGCGGACCCCAGGGUAACUGGUCCAGCAGAAGUCAGCCCAACUGGUCAAGCAGACAACAAGAGGGAAACUGGGGAUACAAACAUCAAGGCCCCCAGUCAAGCAACUCCGGGAGGCAACCAAAAAACCAGGUGGGAAGUUAUAUCAAAGCCCCACUCCACCUGCAAGUCCCCCAGUAUCUACAUUAGGACUGAGACGCGAAGAAGGAGCAGAGUCCAGUUCCCCCUAUCAGUAAAGGCGAAAGAUAAGGGAAAGGAGAAAGUAUGCGGGGAGACCUCAGGAGAAGGUCAAGGCGAUGGAACUGAGAAGACCAAGCCCUACCCCUACCGCGGCAUGAUUAUAAGGAAGAGAGAUGCCACGAUUGAUGUGGCCAGUUUAUUCAAAGAUGUGGAAGUCAAGGUGCCACUUCUGACGACGUUGAAGAUGCCCCCUAUCAGUAAAUUUGUCAAAGACUACCUGGCAGGAAGGGUCACUGAAGAAGGAAGGAUGGUUACAGAGGAGAAUGUCUCUACAGUGAUCCAGCGGAGUGACCUCCCAUCUAAGAAGACCGACCCAGGGAUGUUCACACUCCUAAUCUCAAUUGGAGACAUUCAAGUGGAGCACACAAUGUGCGAUCUAGGAGCGUCUAUUAAUGUGCUGCCGUAUUCUAUAUACAAGAAGCUGGGAGAGCCUAAGCUUGUCGACACCGAAAUCAUGAUACAGGUAGCCGAAAAGUCUUGCAUUCACCCCGAGGGAAUUCUUGAAGAUGUGAUAGUGAAGGUAAACAAUUUCCUGUACCCAGCCGACUUCUUCAUCAUCAAAAUGACAAUGCCAGCAGCGAAGUAG